GUUUCUGUACAGGGGUCUGACGAUACGUCUUCAGAGGAAACCGAGAACACAGAACUUUGUUUCAUUUUUGUAGAGGACAGACACCUGACAAUUACGUGACAGGGAAUAAUGGCAACUGAAAUGUUCUCUCCGUACAUUGCUUUGCGUGACAAUUAUGUUUCCAACCGAAAGAACAUUGGUAGAAAAUGUAAAACCUUCACGUUGAGCGUUGGUUGCUUGGCUGCAUUGGGCACCCUCCUCUUCCUGACCCUGCGAGACAAAUCCACCCACAAAGUAGGUAACCUCGGGGGGGUCAGGGCUACAGAGGACCCAGCCACAUGGGAGCCGGAGGAUGAUCAGCUCAGUCAGCUCCCUGUCUCAGAUGGGCAGUGUAGGAUUGUUUUAACUGAGAGCAUCCCUCUGUACAUGAAUUAUGACUCCAAUGCCACCUUCGGGAUUCCGAUGCACGAGGCCUGGAAAGAUCUUCUCACCCGGGCAACCAACAGUGUCUAUGUGGCAUCUUUCUACUGGACUCUCACGGACUAUGACAUCGGAGUCAACUCCUCCACAGAUUGGCUUGGCAGGGACAUAUUCAAGCGCUUCCAGGACCUUCCAUCCAGAAAUGUUUCGGUACGCGUGGCAACCAGCAUUCCAACUGUGAGAAACAAGUCUACUGACCUGAAGGUUCUCAAGGCUAAAGGGAUUCAUGUGAGAAAGGUUAACUUUGGCCAUCUGACUGGGGGUGUGCUCCACACUAAGCUCUGGGUGGUAGACAUGAAGCACAUCUUCAUCGGAAGUGCCAACAUGGACUGGAGAGCUUUGACGCAGGUGAAGGAGCUUGGCGUGGUUGUCUACGACUGCCCACAUCUGGCUGUCGACCUAUAUAAGAUCUUCAAAUCAUAUUGGGUUAUGGGACGCCACAACGCCUCUGUCCCGAAACAUUGGCCUGCAUAUUUUGACACCUCCAUCAACAAAGAGAACCCCCUGAUGGUUAACACAAGCGGUGCAGCCAGUGCGUUCUACAUUUCUGCCUCACCUCCGUCAUUCUGCCCAAGCACUCGAACAAUGGAUUUAGACGCCAUCCUCACUGUGAUCCAGGAGGCGGAGCUUUUCGUUGAUGUAGCUGUCAUGGAGUACUUUCCCACAUCUCGCUUUACAAAACCUUCCAGCUACUGGCCUGCACUUGAUGACGCAUUGAGGCAAACGGCUUUCACAAAGCAGGUUGCAGUCCGCCUGCUGGUCAGUUGCGGUCAGGACACCGAUCCAGCCAUGCUGCCGUUUUUGAAAUCUCUCAAUGAUCUGCACUACCCAGCGGCCAACAUCAGCAUUGAAGUGAAAGUGUACAUCGUACCAGUGGCGAACCAAUCGGACAUUCCUUUUUCCAGAGUAAACCAUAAUAAAUAUAUGGUGACAGAUAAAGCGGCGUACAUUGGUACGUCAAACUGGUCAGCUGACUACUUUGUUAAUACUGCCGGCGUGGGGUUGGUGGUAUCCCAAGACAAGCCGCAUCCGGGACGGACAGGACAGACGCUACAGGAGCAGCUGAAGGCGGCCUUCGAGAGGGACUGGAACUCUCGAUUUGCGUUCAAGCUGUCUAACCUGGGUUACAAUCCUGAAUGUACAUUUACCAACAGAGCCUGAAAUAACGCAGCCCUAUGUUAGAAGAAUAAUCUAGCCAACAGAUCAGAAUCGUUCUUAGGCGAAAGAAGGUGUAUGGACACGUAUGCAGUCUGCCUUUAUAUCACGUGCUGAAUGUUCGAACAUUAGUUUUGAGUAAGUUUAAUCAACUCUGGUCCCAAGUGUUUUCCCCAUUUAGGAAGCGUGAUGUAACAUAAGCAUAAACAUUUUUUAAUCUGUUUCAUAAAUAAAAUCGUUUAAUACUUA